AUGUCAUCUCCUAUCCCACAAACCCUUUGGAACGCCCGCAUUCCGUUGCACAUCACACACCCCGCCUCACCGACAACGCCAUUCAUCACAAGCAUUCCGCGCUUCAGCUAUCUGGCUCUUCUCAUACCGAGACUAUCAACUUUUUUCAACUCGCCCUGCUCGAGCUUCCACUUUGAAGAUGUGCAGCUGAGGAAUCUGGCCGUGGGGUUGCUAGUUGAUCUGUAUCAGCCUAGUCUGCCCUGGAGGCUGACUGUGAAUGAUGGACUGGGCUGGGAUAUCGCGGAUACGUUCCUUAAUUGCGUGAAAGAGGCCGACUUCAUCCGUAAUGGCAACGCAAACCAAAUCAUGAAAAUGUCAAAAGAACACACCACUCAACUAUGGAACUCGGUCAUGGACAACGACCACGCGUCCUUCAACCGUAUCAACAGUCGUCUCCUCAACGCCCCGACAGCACUUAAACACAUCCCUAUUCGCAUCUACAUCCCUACCACGGCACCAGACUCAUCUUCAACGCUUCCAGAACACGCCACAUUCAAAGUAAUCCAAUCUCUCAUACCUGUGGUAAGCCCAGACCGUCGACCCAAACUUCUGGGCCAGGCGCUCAAAGAGAUGCUGCCGGGGCUGUUCCCAAGUAGUCGUGAUCCUAUUGUCGCAAAGGUGGUGAUGCACGGAGCUGGAGUGCCUUUUAAUGCUCCUCUGGAGGAUUUGAUGCGUGAAGCUUCGUAUCCUGACGGAUGGCUGUGUUUGGUUGUUUUUGUCCUGUGA